GACUACACAAUCGGUUGGAUCAGCGCCCUGCCGCUCGAGAUCGCAGCCGCGCGGGUAAUGCUUGAUGAUAUCCACACUCCACUGCCCGUACGAGAAAACGAUAACAACGUUUACUACUUGGGGGAAAUUGCUGGGCAUAAUAUUGUCCUGGCAUGUCUACCUUUUGGCGUAUACGGCAACUCGUCUGCUACCGCGGCAGCUAUACAGAUGAAGUCUGCUUUCCCGUCUAUCAAAUACAGUCUCAUGGUUGGGAUUGGUGGUGGUGCCCCCAGCGCCUCAGAUGACAUUCGCCUUGGAGAUGUUGUAGUAAGUAAACCAACUGCUUACUUCGGCGGCGUCAUUCAGUAUGACUUUGGCAAGACGUUGGCGGAUGGUUCAUUCCACCAGACGGGAGUCUUAAACAAGCCGCCGGAGGCCCUCUUGAAGGCAGUUGAACAACUUCAAGCGAAGCAUAUGAUGGGGGAAAACAGCAUUCCUUCACAUUUGAGAACGGCGGCUGAGACAUAUCCGGCCAUGUGUGAGUCUUUAGUCUAUCCUAGGCAGAGCCAGGACGCUCUCUUUGAUGCAUCUUAUCCCCACCAGGGGCCUUCCGGUUCUACCUGCGAAGGCGUAUGUGACGUGAAGAAAACCGUGGACCGUAAACAAAGGCCAUCAAAACUGCCUGAAAUACAUUACGGUCUCAUAGCGUCUGCAAACCAGGUGAUGAGAGAUGCAAAAACACGCGAUCGACUCUCGGAGAAAUUCGGAAUUUUGUGCUUUGACAUGGAAGCUGCAGGACUGAUGGACCAUCUCCCUUGCCUUGUCAUUCGGGGGAUAUCUGACUAUGCGGACUCCCACAAAGACAAAGCUUGGCAGAGAUAUGCAGCAGCAACAGCCGCCGCGUACGCGAAAGAACUCCUAUAUACGUCUAUCCCCGGC